AUGGCCGCCAUCAGUGACGGGAAAUUAUUGUUGCAAGGGUACGUCUACGUGAAGUCAAAGAAAAGUCCAGAUGGAACGAAAACGUAUUCGGAUUGCCGAAGAGUGAGUAUUUUUUCUCAUAAACCUGGCUCAGGUUGGACAUGGAAUGCAAAACGAAGGCAAUUUUAUUUCCAUCAGUUCUUGGUAGAGCAACCAGACUUUGAUCUGAGUAAUGAAAAUUUGAAGAAAGAGUUAUGGAAAAUGAUGGAAUUUUGGCUCAAUAAAGGUGUGGCUGGGUUCAGACUAGACGCCACUCCUUUUUUUUUCGAAGAUAAAGAAUUUAGAGACGAUAAUAUAUUUUUGCGACAAUUCAACCAACCAGAAACCAUCGAGUUUAUACACGAAUUUCGGACGUACUUGGAUAAAUAUAAUAAGGAACAUGGUGGUUUUGAAAGCUUUCCUGUGGAAGCAAUGACGUUAAAACUUUACAUCAUAUUUUGGUCGUUUCUAAAGGAUGAAGGAAAAAUAUCAGCUUGGAUGACUCAAGAUCACGAUGGUCCGAGAGUAGGAUCACGAAUUAGUCCAGAAUACGCAGACAUUUUCACAAUAUUGUCGAUGAUGUUGCCUGGAACAGUAGGAGUUUAUUAUGGACAAGAGAUUGCCAUGAUGAAUGGGUUCGCUACAGAAGACCAAUUUAAGGAUUUCUCUGGUCGGGGUACCAGAGAUCCUAACAGACUUUUGAUGCAAUGGGAUAAUUCUCUAAAUGCUGGAUUUUCAACAAACCUGACAACAUAUUCGCCUGUGAAUUCUGAUUACUUUCAAAGAAAUGUUGCUGCACAAAAAACACAAUCACAAGGCAAGGUGCUCACUGUGGUGGUCAAUUUCGAAACUACUACAUCUUCGAGAUUAAAUUUAACCGAAAUAUUGCAAAAUCGUCCCAAUGAGAUUACAGUUGUUGCAGCUUCUGUGAAUUCUGAAUAUUUGAAAAGAUUCAAUAUAGAAUUUGAACGGAGUGAAGAAUUCUACAUGAGACCAUUAUCAAGUGUGGUAUUGGAGACAGAUCAGCCUUACACUGAAAAUGAAGAUGUCAUGCUUUAA